UCAAGUAAAGCAAUUAUAAAUAAAACUUGCAUAUUGUGGGUGCGAAUGGUGCUAUACUAGCUAGCAUGCAUGCAUGCACUGCUAAAUUGCCCAUUUAAUACUUAAUUAAAAAUUUGGCAAUUAUUGUUUUAUGUCAGACACCUAUUAAAUGAUUUUAUCUGAAUUAAUCCGGCAAUUCCAAAAUAUUAGCGGAGGCAUGAGCUUAAACACUACAGUUAGAUACGUGUCAAGUCCUUGCACAUAGGAGGUGCAUUUGUUAGCAUACUUAAAUCUUAAUUAUCAUACAUCAUAAGAUUUUUUAUUGUUUUUCAGACAGUUCAUCUAUGUGAAUCUCAGUUUCAUUAGCAUAAUUGACAUGUUUCCUUUCAAUAUGAGCAUUGUUAUCAAUAGUGAAAAAUCAACUUGGCCAGAAGGGACUUUUCCCUCGACAGGUUGUAACGAAAAUCCUUCUUACUGUCUAAUUAAUGUGGAAAAAAGAUGUUAUUAUUUUCUGUAGUGUCAAUGUGUCAUCAAAAACAAUAAAUGGAUCAACUACUUUAUGAAAGCACAGAUCGGUUCAUUUCUGAUACCAGAGUACGCUGAGUAAAGGCGGUGUUGUGCUGAUCAUCUGGCCAGCCUAAACUAAGCGAAUAUGUCAGAAGAUAAUCCGGAGCAGAAUCACACAGCUGAUGGUGCGGAGGAACCAGGGGGUAAAGGCAAUGGCCCUCCUGCCAAAUGCUGUAUGGCCCUACGGCAGUGUCUCCACUCGUGCACACGGCCAUGUACAACCAGAUACAACCCUCUACCUCAUGAGCCAAGUAUUCCACAGAUGAUCUCGUACAGCCUACGCUGCCCGCCCCACGGGAAACUGGCCAAAUAUCUCAUGUUUGUACUGAUGUUUGGGGUAUCAUGGGCGGUGCUGAUUUCAUUAACUGGACCCCAGGGCCUGCCGGGAGGGAAUUUCUUCUCCCUUGUGAUCCUCUUCUUCUUCUGUGUAAUUGGAGGAUAUCUUGUUACAUUCAUCAGACUCCCACCCUUGCUAGGAAUGUUAAUUGUUGGCUGUCUGUUAAGAAAUGUUCCAAAAAUAGACAUAGUUGGCAAUAACCUUGACAGUGGCUGGUCAUCUGCUCUGAGGCAGAUAGCCCUUACGGUGAUCUUGAUUCGGGCUGGUCUAGGGCUGGAUCCUGCGGCCCUCCGGAAGCUGUCAUUUGCGGUUGUCCGUCUGGCGUUCUCCCCGUGUCUGAUGGAGUGUGUUGCUGAGGCAGUGGCAGCUCACUUCCUUCUUGGGCUGCCCUGGAUCUGGUGCUUUAUGCUCGGGUUUGUGCUGGCAGCAGUUUCCCCAGCCGUGGUUGUCCCCUCCCUGCUCAACCUGUCAGAUCGAGGCUACGGAAUCAACAAGGGAAUCCCAACCUUGGUAAUCGCGGCUGCCAGUAUUGACGAUGUCCUUGCCAUCACUGGCUUUGGUGUCUGUCUGGGUAUCGCCUUCUCAGAAGGAGAUUUAGCCCUGUCCAUAUUAAAGGGUCCUUUGGAGGCUAUUGUGGGUGUCUUGUACGGCAUUUUGGGCGGGCUCAUCAUCUGGUACAUUCCCAACAGGGCUAGUCGCCAUGUUAUCCUAUACCGCACAUUCCUGCUGUUUGGGUUGGGGCUGAUGUCAACAUUCGGUAGCAGUAAGAUGGAGUUCCCGGGGGCGGGACCACUGGGAUGUCUCACCCUCGCCUUCGUAGCCGGCUUCAGGUGGAAGAAGGAGGACUGGUCAAGCAAUGGAGGGAAGGAACCUAUGACUCAGAUAGUGGCCAUACUGUGGAUGAUUUUCCAGCCCCUGUUGUUUGGGUUGAUAGGUUCAGCUGUAGACAUCUCCAAGAUAGACGCAGGAUCUGUUGGUAAAGGUAUCGGUGUGCUGGGUAUUGGUAUGGUGAUUCGACUGAUCGUCUCGUUUUUCUCAGUAUUCGGCACAGAUCUUAACCUUAAGGAGCGACUCUUCAUUCCAUUUGCUUGGUUACCAAAAGCUACUGUACAGGCGGCCAUUGGUGCCCUUGCUAUGGACAAGGCUAUGGAGAUGGGAGACAGUGAGGGUGUCGCUUAUGGGAAGGAGAUUCUCACCCUUGCGGUCCUCAGUAUUGUGAUCACUGCUCCCAUCGGGGCCGCCAUCAUUGCGAUUACCGGCCCCAUACUUCUGCACCACACUGAGAGAGAGCAGAGCCUGGAGUAUGUGGCAGAGGAGGUAGAGGAAGGGACUGAUAAUGAAGAGAAAGGAACUCUUUUGCAAGAUCAAACAGAUAUAGUAUGAAAGUGCUACGAAAAAGAACACUGAUGAGGCAGCUGCUUGCUUAUGGACUAAAACUGAAGCUUCAAAUGAAAUCUUAUUACAAUGAUUUACAACUUUCAAAUAUUUGUAUUUACAUGAUAUAAAUACUACAAAUUUGAUUUCAGAGUAUGUUCUAGUCUAAUUGCUUACAAAGUUGAUUUCAUUAAUAUUAUACUAAGUCAGUAUAUUAUACUUUUACAUCAAGACACUUAUCCCCGGAUGAAUCUGACUACAAAUGAUAUGAUCAUAUCAAUUUUUACCAUAUUCAUUUUACAUUUCAUUAUUUAUUUCUUUGUGACACACAGCGCUUGUUUUACAUUUGUUUUUUUAUUGAUUUUGUAAUUAUUGAUUUGAAAUGUAUAUACAAAGCAAUUAUUUGUAAAUAAGCAUUUGUAUAUAAAUUAUUU